AUGGCGCCCAAGAAGCGGCCAGCCGCCAGGAGUAGCAAGAAGACCAAAUCGGAGAGCUUGAAGUUUCUGCCCAGCCGAGCGGGCCACUGGACCGUGUCGCCGGAGACGGGCAAGCAACGGCGCGGGGCAUACAGCUUCGACCCUUCCAGCGGCUGCCUGAGCUGCGGCGAUGCGCCGGUGGGCCGCCUUCUGAUUUCCGCCCUGGGCGCCGCUGCGGCGUCGGACGCCGCCAAAGAGGUUGGCGCUUUCACCUGGCGAGUGGUGAGUGGGGAGAUCAUGGAGGAGAUUCAGAACAAGGAGAACGCGGGGGCCUUCUUUGUUCUGCCCUCGCAGAUGAACGCUGCGGAGUACCCAGACUGCAAGGAUGAUAACAUCGUUGUGGACGUGGACGACUAUAGGUACGACCACACCGCUGGGCCGCGGGGGCAACUGGCUGCGCAUCCGGCGGUGGGGCAGUUCCUGUUGGACAAUGCCAAGUCCAGCUUCGAGCCCAAGGGCUUGAACGCCCUGACGCGGCUGUUGCCCGCACUCAGCAAGGAGGCCGAGAGCGUGCCAGAGGGCCCGCGCCAGAUCCUCGAGAACUUCGAGCUGCAAAACGGCUACCUCGCGGUGCCUUCCAUGGACCUGAGCUCGGCCCAGGAGGGUCUCGUGUUGCGGGGCGCUGUGCGGGCGGCUUUGGCGAAGCAUCUGCCGAAGAUGCGCAGCCUCGCGGUGCUAGAGGCGCCGGCGCGAGGCCUGAGACCUAGCCUCACCUCCUGGUCCACCUGUCGGCACCGGGUGAACCUCGUCUAUGCCUCCGCAGUGCCAGUGAAUGCCUACAACAACGCCACCAGCUCAUCCCAGCAUGUGCUGCUGCAACGCGCCGUGGGCUCGCUGCUGCUGCGGGGCGCCUACUUCGGAGCGCUGCGCCUGGCGCUUGCGGAGGCCAAGAGGUCCAAGAAGAAGUCGAGGAUCUUCCUGCUGCCGUUGGGCGGCGGUGUCUUCAACAACCCCCGGAAGGACAUCGCCAAGGCCAUGGUGGAAGCCAUGCGCUUGGCGGGCAAGCAGUGCCGAGGGCAGCUGGAAGAGCUGUUGGACGUUCGCAUCCUGACCUGGAAGGGCAAACCUGAGGAAGCCACCAACUUCGAAGAGGAGCUGCAAGAGCUCGGGGAGACGCUCGCAAGCUGA